AUGGUUCGGAAGUUGUUCUCGCUGAUCCUUGCAGCUACUUUUACUGUUGCUACAGAGGAAGUAGCAAGCGCAACUGUAGAUUCGAUAGCACCACUACACGCGACGCAAAACCUUGAUAUAGAAGAAGAGGAGAGGAAGGCUGCUGAAGCGGUCAAGGCAUUGAAGAUUGAGAAAGUUAUGAAGGAAUACGAGAAACAAGUUAGUGCCAGUAGCGACACGAACGAACUUGACGAGGACGGUAUCUUGGAGAUUCUUGAGAAGAUGUUGGACAAAGAUAUUAAUGUAUUAAGUAAAUUGGAGGAUAAGAAGAAGAAGAAGACGAAUAAGAUGGCGGAUCUACUUGCACUCAGUGGUGACGACAUUGUCUUUGAGACGCUACAACAGAUGAACGGGGACGAGUUCAAGAAAUUAUUUGAGGCAGCGUUGGAUGGUGCGUUGCUGUCGAUCGAGAGCGUACUGCAAGAGGUGUCACCUAAUGCGUUGGAGGACCUGCGCAAGACGGUGCGACAGCUCAAGGCAUUCGAUGAUUAUACGUCCUACACAUUUCAAAGUCUGAAUGAGUCACAGCUGGCAACUAUUCGAUCCAACUUUGCCAAGCAUCGCUUUGACGAGAUGCAUCAGACGUUCGAGCUGCUUCUGAGUGCGAGCAACUCGCGUGACCGACAGAUUGCAUUUGAAACCGCAAUCUUUUUGUUCCAACUAGCUGAUGACGAGGCGAAUACGCUAACUGAAUAA